UGAGUUUGAGUGAGGCUGCGAGUGAAGGUUUGAUGGAUGGCAAACAGUGAUGUUUACUUCUCAUAACUACUUCUGUAGUGCGUUUCUUUGGCAUUGACUGCACUUCUGCAUUUAAAGUUCAAGGAAAAUCCAUUUCAGCGCAUCUUUCGUUGACAGAGACAUUUCAACAUCUGCAGUCAUCUUCAUCUGACGUUCAUCCGUUAACCAAAAAUGAGCAACACAAAAAGCUUUGGAUUCAGCAUCUACUCUUUCCCUGAUCGUGUGAUGCCGGUGGAUCUGGCCAUGCAUGCGCAGAUUAGCCCACCAGUGUCUCAGCUCCUUGGCAUGUCUGCUCUCAGGGCUUCUCCACCCAACGUGUUCUCACCAGAGCUUCUACGAGCCUGGAUUUCAUCCCCUUCCCCUACAUUUUCACUAUCUUCAUCCAGCUCUGCCAGCUCCCUGUCCUCAUACUCUCCUGGCAACGGCACGUUACGCAAGAAGAAGCGAGUCGUAUUCGCUGAUGAUAAAGGUCUCGCUCUCACAUCCGUGCGCAUCUUCACUACUGACCCUUCAGAGAUAGAAACGGAAGACGCCCCUCAACCUGAGGAGCAUGUGAAGCCUAGAGCGCCCAUACAGAGCGUGAGACUGCGACUUAAGCUUGGUUUUCCACAGCCUGUUGCAGACCGUGCAAGCUUGAAGGAAACCUUAGUGCAGUUGGAGAGCUGUAGCUUGAGCGAAAAGGCGUUGAGCGGGACCGUACGGGUCUGCAACAUUAAAUUCGACAAGACUGUGUUCAUCCGCAUAACUUUUGACUCAUGGCGAAGUCAUAAAGACAUUGCAUGCACUUAUGUGAGGCAACCAAAUGCAGCUUUGGAGACUGACUUGUAUUCUUUUAAUGUGUUGCUACCAUCUGAUCUGGACCCGAAGGAGCGCCUGGAGUUUGUGGUAGUGUUCCGACCUGGCAAUAGUAAGUUGCAGCCCGUGGACAACAACAAAGGUAAAAACUAUCACAUUCUUGUGGAAAACAUGGUGCCGGAACCUCGGCAGGUGACGACAAGCAGGCGAAACUUUGUUAUACCAAGUCCUCAGCGUUAUUCUGCAUGGCCCGGGGUCAGAGGUCCUGAACUACAUAGAAUGAGACUCCCGGCAUGCAAAGGCCUGCCCUACAUGGACCAUCUGUUAAACAGGACAUGUGGAAGAAUGGCGAAUGUUCCUCCGUUAUGUUAAGAUGGGACUGAGGCACUUGUGCAGUCUACAUUUCUACAGUACUUGAUUUAAUUGCGGAUUGAACAACGUACAAAAAUGGAGCGAUUUUAUGCACCAUUUUAUGCAUUACACUUGAAUGGUGCUUGCUGGUUUGCACAUGCUGCUUAAGCAGUGAAAUGUGAAUGUUUACUUUGAUAUGUACAUUUAAAUAUAUUUGAAUUGGAUUUAAUUUGCACAUUAUACAUUCCUUCUACAGCUAAAAUAUACGUUUUAUGAGAAACUGGCUCACUUUCCCUGUCACCUGCCUUUUUUGUAUCUUGAAGAGCUAAAUUGACUUGUAAAAGUGGUGUAAAUGAAUCCGUUGUAUGUAUGUAUAUAGUAUUAUGUAUUUAUUUUGAACUCUCAGUAAAAAGAAACUGCUUUCCAU